GAGGAGAGAACUGGAGCGGGGUAUUAGGGGCUGGAGUGUCCAGGACUUGCACACUGGCUGCAGCUACUGUGUGUAGGCCAGGGUUGAAUGAAGAAAAGGAGAAAGGGGGUAGACAAGGGGGAACAGAGUGAAAGUAAAAACGAAAGGAUAGAAUUGAAAAGUAUUUGAAAGGAAAGUACCAGAACUGCACACUAAACACAAGCCUCAGAAGGAAAGAAAGAGAGUGCGCGCAAAAAAGGGGUGUGCUCCCGAGCACGACAUUGUCACGCACACGGAAAGCGCCUCUGAUUUUUAUCGACAAUCAUUAAACUUUCAGUCGCCAUAAAGUGGGACGAUGGGUAAAACAGAGUGGAUUGGCCGAUAGAAGCAUGUUACCGACAGUUUUAUUGCUUCUAUCAGUCUUCACUGUUCGAGGAAGCGCGUGCGAUGAUUUGAAGAGAGCAACAAUCAAUAAUUUGCAGGACACUAUCAAGGAUGAAGAAAACAAGGGAUUUCGCGAAGUUUUUCCAAAAAACUACUACGUACAGCAUCAUUUCAAUGGCAGCACUCAGUGUGAAGACUCGUGCUGCGUAUCCAGUGCAGCCUUCCUCCUGGCUGACUCAUGGAAGCAACUCCUGCAGCAUAUUGAAUUGAUUCACAUCAAAUACAAGUUUAUCACUGAACUGAUCAGUCAUCUUAAUACCAUUUGGGAAGAGAGUUUCCAGGAAACACCAAAUCCCUCUGUCUUCCCGUCAGGCCACUCCUCCCCAACAGCUCUACUUACCUACACCUCUGAUGUCCUUUCUAAAUGGCUGGCCUUGAACUGCCAUGUUGAGAUAUGUGUAUCCCUCUCUCCAACUCCUCAGCAAGAAAAAGAACACAGUGGUAUUGACAGAGAACCGGCUGAGGAGGAGUCCAUAUAUGGGACAGAAGGAGAAAGAGGAAAACGGUGGCUUACUGCUGUUGCAAAUAAUGGGGAUGUGGGGUUGUCUGCUUGUCCAUCCUUCUUCCUUUGUAUUCUUUGUUGUCUGAGGAUGCUGCUUGAUGUAAUGCUGAAAGAGCUCGGAUGAGGACGGAGCUUCAUCCUGAUUGGAAAACUGAGAGCUUGUGGCUAAUAAGCCAUGACACUUAGCUACUGUGGUAAGCUUAGUAGACUGUAUUCAGUCAGAUCAACAUUUAUAUGUAAUGAAGAAGAUGUGUUUGCUGCUUCUUGGUGCUGAGGAUUGAAUGGUGGUCAGUUAAUAGCAUGGCAUCCCUUCUUAGCUUGUUCCAUAUAAACCUUGAGGCCAGUGGAUCCUACGAUAGAAAGCGAUGUUUCAGCAUACAAAAUGUUGAUUGGUAGAAGUUUUUCAGACACAGCCUUCAGUAAACACUUUGUCUCGGGCAGGAUCCUGUGAGCAGAGGAGUGAGGUGGUAAUACACCUCAAGUAAGAUGCCAGUUCAUUGAUAAGCAAAGAAGUACUCACAUGAUAUUACAGUGUGUAGUACGAUGUCAUUCUGAUUCAAAAUAACAUCUAGAAUACAGAAAUGCUAAAAAAAAAAAAAAAUAACAAAUCGAAUAUAAAUAAGGUCCAAACCCAUAAGUUUCAUUUAACUUUAAGCACUUUACUAACCAUAGUAUAACAUUUACUAUAAAACAUGCAGUUUUGUAGAACAAUUGUCAGGUUUACAAUAGUUUUGGAUCCUCAUGAACUUAUAAUACAAUCCUAGUGGAUUUAUCUCCAAUAGGAAAACUAUCGAAUGUUUAGAUUAUUUGAUUAUUAUUAUUUUUUUAAAAGAUCAUUUGCAUGCAUUUAAAGUAACAAGUGCUGAAACCCGACUCCGUGACUCAUUUUGUAUGGUUUUCUUUAUACUGAGGAUGACAGAUAAAGGCAAAGAAUAGUUUGAACAGGACAGUGUGUAAAUAUAGUGUAUAAAUAUACAGUAGUGUACACCCUCGUUCUAAACACAUUUUUAAAGGGAAGGAAACCAACUGUUCACUUACCCCACUGUGUAGACACUAACAUUCUAAUAAUGCAGACAAAUCCUUAGGCCCGAGGGAAUGUAAAAGGCAAAAUAAGGUGUACUUGUAUAUGACAUUAUUUUGGAGGUUACAACAACUGCAUCAAACAGCAUCCUUUUUGCCUUUAUCAGUCCUCCUUCAUAUUUCUAAAUAGCUGCUGUAAAAGCUUUGUCGAAUCCCUGUUGGUUGUGUUUUUGUAGUCUUGCUAAAGGAUAUUUCUUUAGUGUGGUGCAGGGUGUGACCUUCUAACUAAUUUUUUUUACCAAUUUUUUGACUGUAUGGUUUCCAAGAUUGCACAAUUAAAACAGUAUGAUUAUAGGAAAAGCUCAGUAUUAACACCGGGGUCACAUGUGCUUGAAAUCAUUGCAUUGAAAAUAACCCAGUUGCAAUAAGCUUAUAGAGAUCAUGCUAACUCUGUACACAAGUGUUCAAAAUAUUAUCCACAGUAUUUCAGGAACAGUUCUGCAUUGUUAUAAUGUUUACAUGAUUGAAACCGAUGGCUUGGAUGCUACAGAUAAAUAGCUCAUGUUUUUAUCUGAUACUAUAGAUCAUGCAUAUGAAUCGAUUUCUAUGUAUGGUUUGAAGAUAAAUACAUGUAUAUGGAAUGUACAGAAUCUGUGUAUAUAUCUAAUAUACAAAUUGUGGAGAAAGAAAUAAGUAAACAUUACAAGUGUUAAUAAAAUAUGCAAUACACAA